AUGAACGACAGUCUUGGUGCGCUGCUAGCCAUUGUCGUACUCUGGUCGAUCUUGCGCUUCGCGUUUGGCGGCGGCUCCAACAGCAACUCGAAUGGCGGCCAUCAGGUACCAGCUCUCAACACCGCUCGCACACGUCAGGUCCCACAACACAUGGUUGACUCGGUCAAGACCCUUUUCCCGCACAUCUCUGACGCAUCUAUCCGCUAUGAUCUUCAACGCUCGGGUAGCGUCGAAGCUACCUGUGAACGCAUUCUCAACGAAGGUGGUCUGCCUUUACCACCUGCAGGCUUCUUCGGUACUGCGGAGCCAUCGACACCGAACGCAGCAACGCUUCGGGCGCAGAAUACUAAUCGCACUCCCAACGGCUCCGCCUCUGCAUCUGCGUCGUCGGUCAGCACGCCCAGCAAGUCUCCCAACUUGAUCUCUCGCUUCGGUCUUCAGUCCCGCAUAGCCAGCUCCGAUGAUCUGCCAUCAACGCCAAACUCACACACCAGCAACAACAGCCAAGGCAGUCCGAGCAGCUGGGCCACCACGCCAGAGGAGAGAGCAAAGCUGCUCAAGGAUCGCAAGGAGCAGAUGAUUUUAGAAGCUAGGAGGAAGCUGCUCGAGCGACAGCAGAAUGCGGCAAACGGCUCAAACCCUGUCGCAAAUGGCGCUUCUGCAUCGACGUAA